AUGUUGCUCUCCACGCUGCUCGCCACCGUCUUCGGCAGCCCGGGCCCCAUCCCGUCGAUCGGAGAGGAUGCUCACGUCGCCCGCAAGCUCCAGGGCGUUGGCACUAGGAUUGUCGGCGGGGUGCCCACGGGAGUGCAGGAGUUUGAGUGGCUCGUGAACCUGCGAGACACUCGGUUCGGCCAGGAGGGCUUCUGCGGUGGGACACUGAUGUCUGCGAACUGGGUGCUGACGGCCGCGCACUGCGUGAGCGACUACAACAAAGCGAAUAAGCGCAAGAAGCUGAGAACCAACGGCAACUCGCACCCGAACAACAAGCACCCGAUCCAGCAACUUUCGGUGGAGGCGGUCCACAUGCAUCAGAGCUACAACGACGACACCCUCAAAAACGAUAUCGCGCUCCUGAAGCUGUCGAGCCCGGCAAUGGACUAUUGGGAGGCGGUCGACUCGCUCGGCAUGCCCGCCGCAGACAUUGGCGGCGAGACCCUGACCGUCGCUGGCUGGGGCACCCUCAGUUCAGGAGGCAACACGCCGUCGGUGGCGCAAAAGGUGGAGGUCGAGGGGUCAAGUUGCUCCGCCUACGGAAACUGGAUCAAGGACGGGAUGAUCUGCGCGGCCGAGAACGGCAAGGACAGCUGCCAGGGUGACAGUGGCGGGCCCCUCGUCUACAAAAAUGGCGCGGACGACUUUACGCUGGUGGGCGUCGUGUCGUGGGGCGAGGGAUGCGCGGGGAGUAAGCCCGGUGUUUACACCGACGUCGACUACUUCCGCUCGUGGAUCUGCGAGACAAUGGAGGAGAACACCGGGAGCGGAGACGACCCCCUCCACCAAUCGUGCGGCGACAGCACCCCGUCGCCGUCGCCGUCGCCGUCGCCUCCCCCCACCCAAAUCCAGCUUCCACCCGUGGCGGAGUUCGAGGGGGUGUUUCUGUCGUCGACCGAUCAGAAGUGGUACGCGGUCGCUGCGGGCUCAAAGAGCUCCGGCUUUACGACAGCCAGCAGCGCGCUGCUGUGGCUUCCGAGCCUCUGCGCCGACAGCCACGAUCGGUGCCCCAUGAAGUUGAACACUGCCGCUAAGAGGGCAAAGAAUUGCCCGAAGGCCAACGGCUGGAACAGCCAGAAGUGUGCAGCCACCUGCGGCCCCGAGCUCGGCGGCUGCAGCCCAGGAUGA